AUGACAGAGGAAACUGCAAUAGUUGCCGACAACUUUACUUUGGCGCAAAAUGUAAGUACUCUCAGUAUUUUGGAAAACGGAAUAAUCUGCACACUGAUGACGCUUCUUAUUCUUGUGACGAUUAUUGGAAACAUCCUCGUUAUUCUCUCCGUCUUCACACAUCGUCCUUUACGAAAUGUUCAGAAUUUUUUCAUCGUUUCAUUGGCCUGUUCGGACCUGGCCGUGGCAAUUGUGGUCAUGCCAUUCCAUGUCAUCGACUAUAUCUAUGAUCAAUGGGUUCUAGGUGCUGUGUUUUGUGAACUCUGGCUAACCAGUGAUAUUCUUUGCUGCACCUCCUCGAUUCUAAACCUGUGUGCUAUAGCCAUGGAUCGGUAUUACGCAAUACACGAUCCUAUCAACUAUUCUCAGAAGAGAACGCUGAAGCGAGUCCUUUUGCUGAUACUUUUAGUGUGGUCAGCCAGUACGAUUAUCUCUGUGCCGCCACUGUUUGGUUGGAAUAGCAGUGGUAAGACCUUAUAUGAUGAAAAUAAUCAUGUUUGUCACUUAACCGACGAGAGGAGCUAUGUGGUGUACUCUGCCUGCGGCUCGUUUUACGUACCGCUUGUCGUCAUGUCUGUUGUGUACUUGAAGGUAUUCCUGGCCGUUAGACAGCGUCUGAGGCAGAGAACACGAAACGCUGCCAUGUCCAAAUUAAAGUCGAUCAUUAAGAGAUCAAGUACUAAUGGAGGCCUCAAAGACAACUGCUGUGAAGAUGGGGUCGAUGAAAACGGGCAAAACUCUAGUGAAACCAGUGUCCAGAAAGACGCCUCGGAGGCCGAAAAUUCUAGUGAAUCCAAACGGCGUGAGAAACAAGCAAAAGCGAAAGGAGGUGAACCUCAGGUUGUAACUCAGUUUCUGGAACAGAGACAGAGGAUUUCACUGUACAAAGAAAGAAAAGCAGCUCGUACUUUAGGCGUAGUCAUGGGAGCAUUUGUGUUGUGCUGGCUGCCGUUUUUUCUAAUGUACAUUAUCGUACCCUUUUGUGAUUCCUGCGUAAGAAUUGGACAACUGGAGCUAUUUUUUGUCUGGCUUGGCUAUAUUAAUUCGGGACUGAACCCACUUAUUUACACCGUUUUCAACAGUGAUUUUCGAAAAGCUUUUAAAAAACUACUGUGCGGUUGGAAAGCAGUGAGAAAUUACCUGUAAAUUUUGAGUGGGGAAUUGUUUUUUAUUAAAUCUCAACUGCAGAGAAACACUUUCUCCUGUGAGUGAAAAAAGAAAGCAAUCGGAUUUCAUUUAGUGGUUUAACUUCUGUAAGUUUGGUUUGGUUUUAUGCAU